CCGCAGUAGACGUCUCUCUUCCUCCUCUUCCUCCUCUUCCUCAUAGCUGACUCUCUACCUGCACAGGAUGUCGUGGGACGGGUACAUCUCAAACCUGAUGGCGCCGACUGCAUCGGGGAAGAUUGUCACUUCAGAGGCUGCGAUCUGUGGGAUUGAAUGUCUGUCUGUGUGGGCCGCCACACAAGGCUACAGAUCCAUCUCUACGGACGAGAUCCGGACGCUGGUUGGACCCAGGAACAAUUUCUCCAGCUGCGGCCCCAAAGUCGCUGGAAUAAAGACCAUGCUGCUGGUAGAUAAGAUGGAUGACGAAACGGCGUACUCCUUAAAUCUAAAGACCGUUACUGACACUGACGGCCAAAGAUACAAUUUGUGCGUCGGCAAAAGUCUUAAAGCUCUGCUCGUGUUGAAGGGCGUGGUCGGCGAUGUUGGCGGGGAUCUUUCCGCCAAGAUGUUCACUAUGGUUGAUUACCUGAAAAAGAAUAACAUGUAACAAGAUGGCCACCGACCUUCCUGUUCCCACCAAUCCUGAUGGCUACCCCCUCCCCCCCCCCCUGCAGGUCCACAGCUGUCCUGCUUCUUUAGUGUUUAAUUCUCUCACCAUUUUCUGUCAUCAGGUCAAAAUAAAGUGUUUAUUCUCUGUGGUGAACCAGUGUGUGUGUGUGUGUGUGUGUGUGUGUGUGUGUGUGUACUCCACCUGAACAGCUGACUACACACCUGAGCUGCCAGUGUUACUUUUUGUACAGUGUAGUAGAUGGACCUGUGUCCUAUCACAAACACACACCUGAAAAAUAAAGUUUUAUUACACCA